CAAUUUUGUGUAUUUCGCGGAGAGCAGGUGGGGCCAUGAGCAUGGGACGUGGCCCGUGGGUUUAAAUAUGGGGCCGGGGACUUUGUUCUUCCCAUUUGCCACCCAAAUUCUUCCGCUCGCCGGAACCACUGAACCAGGAUCCUACCAUCGCUCUUCAUCCACGAGGCGUAUUAUUCGUAUCAAACCUCGUCGGAGUUUAAAUGGAAGCAAUUAAAAGGCAAGCAUCGUGGCUCAGGGAACAGGUUGCUCGCCAACAGCAAGCUGUUCUCAAGCAAUUUGGAGCUGGUGGGUAUGGAGGAUCAGAUUAUAUUGUGACUGAUGAAGCUGAACUCUUACAGUAUCAGAAACUGGAAAUGCUUUAUAUAUCCACCAGGGCUGCUAAGCAUUUACAAAGGGAUAUUGUUCGUGGAGUCGAAGGCUACAUCUUUACUGGGUCCAAGCUAGUUGAGAUAGGAACUAAGCUAUCGGAAGACAGCAAGAAAUAUGGGUCUGGCAACACAUGUACUAACCAUAUUACGUUAUCAAGAGCUGCAUUGUGUUUUUCACAAGCUCUUGCUCACAUGGAGCAGGAACGCGGAAAUCUUUUGAAAUCCCUUGGCACACAGGUUGCAGAGCCAUUAAGAGCUAUGGUAAUGGGUGCUCCAUUGGAAGAUGCACGACAUUUGGCUCAAAAGUAUGACCGGAUGCGACAAGAGACAGAAGCACAGACACUUGAAGUAUCCAAACGACAAGCAAAAUUAAGGGAUAUAAUAGGCAAUCAUGACAUGGAGAUGAAGCUGGAAGCAGCAGAAGCAAAACUGCAAGAUCUGAAAUCUAAUAUGACUAUACUGGGAAAGGAAGCUGCUUCUGCUCUAACUGCUGUGGAAGCACAACAGCAGAGGCUUACACUCCACCGGCUAAUUGACAUGGUUGAAUUAGAACGUGCUUACCAUCUUAGAGUUCUCCAGAUACUUGAACAUUUAGAAGGCGAGAUGAAGUUAGAGCGUGAAAGGAUUGAAGAAUCUCCUAGUGUAGAUAAUUUUCCUCCACCUCCUUCAUAUGAAGAAGUGAACAGUGUACCUACUUCUCCUAUGCAAAAUGGGCCCACUGACAGCAUGGGAUACUUUCUUGGGGAAGUGAUGUAUUCAUAUCACGCCGAGUCUGAUAAGGAGCUUAAUUUAUCAGUUGGAGAUUAUGUUGUUAUACGAAAGGUUUCAAAUAAUGGUUGGGCAGAAGGUGAAUGCAAGGGUAAAGCUGGAUGGUUCCCCUUCAGCUAUGUAGAGAGAAGAGAGCGAGUUCUUGCGAGCAAGGUCAUUCAAGCUCUCUAAUGUCUAAACCACCCUCACAUCCCCCAGAUGUGCCCGGCUUUGCAUUCUCCUGUACAUUUAUUCAAUUCUGUGAUGUUUUCCAAUGGAAAAGGCGGUAAGAAAGUGUCUCCGCGUUGUAGCUAAGCAGAGACAAGGCACUAAAAGUUUGAAAUGGUGCGAUCCUGGAUGGCUAGAUGCAAAAAGGCAUCAAAGGAGCAUGUUUAUGUUAGAUUAGUUUUUUUUUAAAUCUGGUUGAUUAAUUGAAAAUUCUUUCUAUCACUUGAGUAGAGUGUAUUCCAAUAAUGAGUAUACAUACUUCUAUAAUAUGUAGUAGCUUAUUUAUUGAAAAUUUUGCAAGUACAUUGAACUUUGCAUUUAAUUGUUUUGCCUUUUAUGUACUCCAUAUACGCAAUAAUAUAGUACUUCCUCCGUCCUGGUCA